AUGGUUGAUGGUAAAGUCAAAGGCAGAGCUCUUCCUAAGCAUGGUGGAACGCCAAUGGGGAAGGAAAAACAAUCAUCUGUUUUAGCCAAGUGUCUGACCAGUCCACGGAACAAAAAACGCCUCUCGAAUCAUGGUACAUUUCAUACUGUUAGAAAUCCAAAACCAACAACCAUUGCAGUUCCAAAGAAUAGAAUUGUGGCCAAGGCUCUGGUAUUUCAUUCACCAAAGAAGACAGUCAGGAUAAAGACUUCUGCAGAGUUGAGUAGUCGUAUGAGGACAAUAUGUGCAGGGAUGAAGAAGCUUGAAAUCACUAGUGGAAAGAAGAAUCUAUCUAACUGUAAUAAACUACUGCCUGUAGAUGCUUCAAGAAAACAAUUUAGAGGCCGAGAGGUCAAAAGCCGGGUCUAUGAUUCCCUGCGCUCCCAAAAUUGCCGGUCAAAGGAGGCCAAAUCUGCAAAAUGUUUGAAGAAAAAGGAUAAGGAGAAGGAUUUACUGCAGGCUUGCUGUACUGCUCCCGGUGAAGAGACUGAAAAUGACUCCAGUGACAUGGAGAUUGAAGGGAAAUCGAGAAAUGGUUCUCUUGAAGUGUGCUUGACAUCAGGUAAUUGUAAGACUAAUGAAAGCAAUAAAGACAAGGAAUGUUUAGUAACUCUGAAGGUUGAGAACAAAGGCGAAGCUUUAUCAGACGCCUCAACAGGUGAUACAACCUCUCUUUCAAAUUGUGGAGAGAGGGAUAAAGGAGAACAUGAUAUUGCAGACUUCCCAGUUCCAAGUGAAGAGGACAGUAAGACAAACGAAGGAAGCAGUGUGGAGAACAACCAAAUUAAACCAACUACGGAGAAGAGGGUCAUGCCUGGAGUCAUUGAGAAUGAUGAAAAUGAAAAUGCAUCUGAUGAUAAAGAAAAUACAGGUGAAGUCAUGCGCAACUGUGAUAACAAGGAAAAUGCAGGUGAAGUCAUGAACAACUGUGAUGACAAGGAAAAUGCUUCAUCUUCUGAUGAUAACAGAAAAAUGGAUCUAAAAUCCAGCCAUAUGGAAAAGAAGAAAACUCUUGGCAAUCAUGAAGAGCAGAGAAGCACUCGAAUGCGAAUGAAAGGAAUGGGCAAGACAUCUAAAGGGAACUCCACUGCUGCUGUUGCAUGUGCUGAAGGGGUGAACUAUAGAAAACCUAAGCUCACAAAUCCCAAGCCAUUUAGGCUAAGAACUGAUGAAAGACGAAUUCUUAAGGAGGCAAACUUGGAGAAGAAACUACAUCGUGAUGAACCUCCGAAAGAAAUCACAAAAAUUGUGAAAUCCCCUGGUGGAAACUUGCAGAGGAGACCUCAGAAUGCAGUUAUCCAAAGAGAUGAAAAGUGCAUUGAACAAAUUGAGUGUACCAGUGAUGGACAUGAAGGCAGUGAAAAAGAACCGCAAAGAAUGGGCAUACAGACUCCAGAAGGAGCAAUACGAAAAAAAUCCACAACUCCACAGAGACGUAUGGUUGCAGCUUCAGAGAAGGAAUUUAGCCAAGAUAAAGAGGCUAAAAGAUCUGAGGGAAGCUUGAAAAGGACCAAGUUAUCAUAUAUGAAAGCGCUGGCAAGGACUCGAGGGAUUGAAUCGAGUAAGAAGAAAACAAUUAAUUCACGGUUGGCAGCCGGUCAACUUGGUGUAAUAAAGGAAUCAUCUCCUACGGUCUGUAGAACCAAGGUAGCAGCAAAACCAAUGGACAAUGGUGCUUCCCAGGCAGUCAACAAAACUCUUACUCCUACGACGUCCUCAAUGAGAAGAAAACCUACCACUCCAAAGGAGCCACACUUCCAUAAUGUCCAUGUUCCAAAGAGUUGCGUGAGGAGAGUCGCUUAA